AUGGCUUCAGUACCUGUUAAUAAAGAUGAGAAGGAAAAGAAGAACGAAGCGCUAGCCACGGCUAUCCUGAAGGAGAAAGUGAAGCCGAAUCGGCUUAUCGUUGACCAGAGUGACAAGGACGACAAUUCCAUCAUUGCACUCAGCCAGGCGAAGAUGGACGAACUAGCUCUUUUCCGAGGUGAUACUGUCGUGUUAAAGGGUAAGAAGAGAAAGGAGACUGUUGCGAUUGUUCUCGCCGAUGAUAACUGCUCUAACGACAAAAUUAAAAUGAACCGCGUGGUUCGUCAUAAUCUGCUUUACCACGAAAUCAUAUCUAGCGUUGAAGCAUUGUUCUCCGAACAUCGGUUAUGGAAAGCACAUAUUAUACUUUUCAGCAAUCUCUUCGAAGUCUUCUUGAAGCCCUAUUUCGUUGAAGCAUACAGGCCUCUCCACAAAGGUGACAUAUUCACAGUCCAGGCUGCUAUGCGCACAGUGGAGUUUAAGGUGGUUGAAACAGAUCCAUCUCCUUCAUGUAUCGUUGCACCGGACACAGUCAUCCAUUAUGAAGGAGAAGCAAUCAAGCGUGAGGAAGAGGAAGAAAAUAUGAACGACGUGGGCUACGAUGACAUUGGUGGAGUCCGCAAGCAGUUGGCUCAGAUCAAAGAGAUGGUUGAGCUUCCUCUCCGUCAUCCACAACUAUUCAAGGCUAUUGGUAUUAAGCCUCCUCGAGGAAUCCUUUUGUUCGGUCCUCCAGGGACGGGUAAAACCCUCAUUGCGAGAGCAGUAGCUAACGAGACAGGAGCAUUCUUUUUUUUACUCAAUGGUCCUGAGAUCAUGUCUAAGCUGGCUGGAGAGUCGGAGUCGAACUUACGUAAAGCAUUUGAAGAAUGUGAGAAGAACUCACCUGCAAUUCUGUUCAUUGACGAAAUUGACGCUAUUGCUCCUAAACGUGAAAAGACUCAUGGUGAAGUUGAGCGUCGCAUCGUCUCCCAACUGCUCACACUUAUGGAUGGCCUGAAACAGAGAUCUCAUGUUGUCGUUAUUGCAGCCACAAAUAGACCAAACUCUAUCGAUGCUGCCUUAAGGCGUUUUGGUCGUUUUGACAGGGAAAUUGAUAUUGGUAUUCCUGAUGCAGUUGGUCGUCUCGAGAUACUCCGUAUCCAUACAAAGAAUAUGAAACUGGCUGAUGAUGUUGAUCUGGAGCAGAUCGCCAAUGAGUGUCAUGGAUAUGUCGGCGCUGACCUUGCUUCGCUUUGCUCUGAGGCUGCACUCCAACAGAUCAGGGAGAAAAUGGAGCUUAUUGAUCUUGAAGAUGACACAAUUGAUGCAGAAGUCCUCAACUCACUUGCUGUCUCAAUGGAAAACUUCCGCUUUGCAAUGGGAAAAUCGUCGCCUUCGGCACUACGCGAGACAGUUGUUGAAACGCCGAAUAUCACAUGGGAUGACAUCGGCGGUUUACAAAACGUUAAGCGAGAACUACAAGAGCUGGUUCAAUAUCCUGUCGAACAUCCAGAGAAAUAUCUUAAAUUUGGAAUGCAGCCAUCGCGUGGUGUUUUGUUUUAUGGACCUCCUGGAUGUGGUAAAACGUUGCUAGCCAAAGCCAUUGCUCAUGAGUGCCAAGCUAACUUCAUUUCUAUUAAGGGUCCUGAACUGUUAACAAUGUGGUUUGGAGAGUCGGAAGCAAAUGUACGCGACGUUUUCGACAAAGCACGUGCAGCCGCUCCUUGUGUUUUGUUCUUUGAUGAAUUAGAUUCGAUUGCAAAGGCCCGUGGAGGAACAGCUGGUGAUGCUGGAGGUGCGGCUGACCGAGUGAUUAACCAAAUCCUAACUGAAAUGGACGGAAUGAAUUCGAAGAAAAAUGUGUUUAUAAUUGGGGCUACUAAUAGACCUGACAUAAUCGACUCGGCCAUUCUUCGUCCCGGACGAUUAGAUCAAUUGAUAUAUAUUCCACUUCCAGAUGAAGCAUCUCGUUUACAAAUCUUCAAAGCCAAUCUCCGAAGAACACCGGUUGCUAAAGAUGUUGAUAUGACUUUUCUAUCGAAGAGCACUGUAGGGUUCUCCGGUGCUGACCUUACAGAAAUUUGCCAGAGGGCGUGUAAACUUGCAAUCCGUGAGUCGAUCGAGAAAGAGAUUCGCAUAGAGAAAGAGCGGCAGGAACGGCGCCAGCGUGGAGAGGAACUAAUGGAAGAUGAAGCGUAUGAUCCUGUUCCUGAAAUUACCCGUGCCCACUUUGAGGAAGCAAUGAAAUUCGCUAGGCGAUCUGUGUCGGAUAAUGAUAUUCGCAAGUAUGAAAUGUUCGCGCAGACGUUGCAGCAGCAGCGUGGUUUCGGUAAUAAUUUCAAGUUUCCCGGUGAACAGCCAUCGGCGCUUAACCAACCGUCAGGCGUUCCUGUUGGUGGCAACGAUGAUGAUGAUCUAUACAGUUAA